AUGAACGCCACCACUACUCCCCUGACCGUCUCUCUGAGCGACAACAACACAAGCAUCAAGGUGUCACGUACCGUGGGCGGGAACCCGCGCCCUCAGGCCUUGACGAUCUCCUUUCAGCGUACAGUGCGUGUCGCGGACAACGGGGAGACGAACAAUCUCCCACCGGGGCUAGGUACGCUUGCUACACUUUCGCUUGAAGAUUAUCAGACCAUGCUUCCGGCUGCCAUGGCGGCAAAGGGCGGCUUCUUCCUACCUAUAUAUCAGCGCGAGGCAAUGUGGAUCAACUUCAAGUCGCGCGAUCCUUUUGCGGUUAAGAUCUACGUUGGCGGUGUCAAUGCCAUCUCUGGAGAGCCGGCCCGUGAGACUGCGGAAACCAUGAUGCGCCGUCUGAAGCUGAUGGAGAGCAAGAAGUGCGUGCAAGACUACCUUGUCGCACCUGACCAGCUGUGGCUGGAUGGCGCCGCUGCUAAGGACGGCGCAGUCCGUCAGUUCGUUGCUAUGCCACUCGGUUCCGGCUACUCCGUCGAGGCUCAAGUGACAGGCGAGGAGGUAAUUGGCGGUCUGCAAAUCGAAGUCGUCCCGUCUAGGGCGGGUCCUAUGCUUUCCAUGCCUAAGCCGCUCGGACAACGCUACGGCGCCCACGUGCCCGGCGAGAGCUUCCCUAUCUCUGUCAAAACACUUGUGGGCCAAGAGCUCCCGCUGGAGGUCAUGCCGACCACUACCGUCAACGAUACCAAGUACAUGAUCCAGGACAUGGACGGCAUUCCCCCGGAUCAGCAGCGCCUCAUCUUCAGUGGGAAGCAAAUGGAGGACGGGCGAACGUUGUCCUCAUAUGGUGUCAAAGAGGAGUCUACUAUGCAGCUAGUCCUGCGACUCCGCGGCGGAGGGCCUUUGCCAGAACCUAUGGGUCUUGGCGCUGCUGGUCUUAUCAAGCAAGUGAUCAAGCGCGACCGAUACACGCCGACCCUGUGGCAGCCUGACUGCGGAACCAUCUUUAACGUGCAGAUCCUGAACUCUGAAUGCUUCCUGUCCGUCACUGGCAGGGAGCCGCCACCGACUCCGGUCACGGCAAAAACUUAUGCCGAAUACGGCUUCCCCUACUUCAAUAUCUGGAACGAGGCCGCUUCCGGCGUCCAUGGCGACUUUCAGGGCGUCAAGUCAGUUGCUGAGAAGGACAUAGAAGGCAAGCCGACACCAGAAAAGGCCAAGGCAGUAGCAGAUGUCGUCCGCAGUACCGCCAACCCAGUCGUGUUGCUUAAUGCAAAGGGUGUCAGGACAGGCUUCCGUACGGUGUCGGAAAUGGAGGAGGAAGUGCGCAAGCAUUUCGGACACCUGGAAGUCUAGGUAAGACUCCACGGGUAUCAAAUGUUGCGAGCAAACGGCGGCACCGGUAGGAUAGCGAUGUUGGAAAUCCAACGAUGCUGCGGGCAAGAUAGGCGGCGAGUGAUGAUAGCGUGAGCAGGCAAGAAAAGGCACUGUCGCUGUCAACUUUUCGCAGAUAGUGCAAUCUAUCGUACCAGCGCACGGGCACAGAUGUGAAUCGGCACGAAGCCAAGCGCCGUGUCAGCUGCACAUGAGUGUUGAUUUAUCCUUCCAUGCAACAUCCGACAUGCAAACAUGCUCUCCAUCCCAUAUCGAUCGUCAUUAAAGCGUAGCAACUCCGCCGUUCGAACUGCUCAGCUAAAUUGGGCAUGUAUUCUCCUCCUCAACUGAUGACGAAGGCUUCUGGCGAAAAGCAUACGGCACCUAGUAGCAACAGCAGCGAUCACUAAUACGUUCUGCGACGCGACGCUCUUGGUUGUUGACA